UAAAUCCGAAGCUAAUCAACCAGGGAAUGUAAUGGACCAUAUGGAGAAACAAACAGCUCUAAGCAUCCCCUUCACGCAUACGGCACCUCAAGAGGCGUUCAGACUCCUUGAACUCCCAGAGGAGCUGCUCGCAUUACUUACAUCAGACGAAGCUCCUCCACUCUACCUCAAGUCGCCUCCUCCGUCUAUCUCCGCCGCUAGAGCAAGUUCCGGCUCAUCGUCGAACCAGGGAACAGACGAUGCCUUUGUCAACCUAUGUACCGAUACCAAGACAUACUCGCUCCGACAGGUUCACUCCUCAAAUUCGAUAUUCGUAUUAAGACCGUCGCCGCUCCUUGACAACAGCCGUAAGGAAGAUGGCGGGGUUUUGGAGACGGACGCCAGUGAUGCAGUUACGGCCAUUGCGCUGUGCAAGUCGACGCUGGAACUACAAAGUGUUGGCAAGGGCUACUCUGCUCUCCCGUUUCUAUUAAGGAAUUUGCAGGUGUAUGAUAUGGUCGACAUCGAGGAGGAUGCAAUGGACGUGGACACUAAACGCCAAUCCGAUCUACACACCCCACCUGGCACGGCGGAGAGGAGAAAGGCCCUCGACGGCCUGUUUACCGAUAUACCUCUAUCUCCCACGGAAUGCUACGAGGCGUGGGUUGAUGUAUGUGGCUUCAUUGAUGAAGAUCGAAAUAGCGGGAAUUUGGUUGGUUGGCGGCCAUCGGCAGCGUCGAAACUAUCAGCCUGGAAGAAAUUGCUCGAAGUCUCUAUAUUGCAGGGAAUUGAUUUGAGCAAGCAAUUCUUAGUUCGCGAUUUGUGGAAUUCCGUUGUCGACGAUUCAGAUACGUCAGGUGCAAAAGCGCCAUUCCCUAGAUCCCUUUUUUAUGCGAUUGUCCGCCGUUUAAUGGACGAUUCCCCAUCCGGUAUCAAGUUACAGGUUUUCGAGGGGCUCAAGUGGUCGAACCUCAACAGAGAAAUUACGAUCAAUUGGGUCGGUGAUGUAUAUCUGGAAGCCAUGGCCCCUAAUCCGCGCUUAGCGGUGCCAGAGAGGGAGUUCCUGGAGACUUGGCGAGACUUGAUCCCUGAAAAAUGGAGGAUAGAGGUAACGGCAGAGAAGUUCAAAGACAUUUCCUGCCAGCAUAUCACUUCAUCAAGCAUCUGCUUUUGCCCGAAUACGGGGAAGCAAGGGGAUAUCAAGCCCGUAAAAGGGAAAAUGAGUCGCUAA